CUUAUCUAAAAAUAUAUAUUUUUUUUAUAAACAUACCUCUGUCCUGGGUGGACAAACUUAAUUUAGUGUAUGAAUUAUAUAUUUUGUUUCUUCUAAAGAAUGGGCAGUUCAAAUUAUCUUUUUGCGCGGAUAUUGUCCGUUGUGUGUAUGUGAACCGUGCGACCAGUUAGCCACACUGAACUGCUAGCAGGCAGUCAAUUUCUCGUACGGAGAUCAUGGGGGGAAUCAAACAAGAGCAGAGUGAAGCAUCACAGCAACCCAAAGCUUCACAUUCAGCAGAUCAACCGCAAGAUGAGCCAAAGAAGAGAGGCUGGCCAAAGGGAAAGAAAAGAAAGAAGGUGCUACCAAAUGGUCCCAAGGCACCAGUAACGGGAUAUGUCCGCUUCCUGAAUGAACGUCGGGAACACAUGCGGGCUCGAUACCCUGACUUACCUUUCCCAGAAAUCACCAAAAGACUAGGAGCAGAGUGGACACGAUUGGCCCCAAACGACAAACGGCGUUAUCUGGAUGAGGCAGAACGGGAAAAGAUACAGUACGCUCAGGAACUGAAGGAAUAUCAACAGACUGAGGCCUAUCAAAUCACCAGUGCUAAGAUUCAGGACAAAAGGGUCAAAAAAGAAGACACUUCAUCAGUCAUCAUUGGUACUAGUUCAGGGUCAUCUUUACCAAAGGCUUCUGACCUUUCAAGCAGAUUUGACAUCCCUAUCUUCACAGAGGAAUUCCUCGAUCAGAACAAAGCUCGCGAGGCUGAGUUGCGAAGGCUUCGUAAGGCCAACAUUGAGUUUGAGGAGCAGAAUGCAGUGUUGCAGCGUCACAUUAAAGACAUGUACAACGCUAAAGAGCGACUGGAGGCUGAACUGGGACAGGAUGAAAAGCGUACCCAGGCUCUUCAGCAACACUUGCUGGCCAUUAAGCAUACACUGGUUAACAGCCUCUCCUCAGUCCCCUUGCCAGGUACAGGUGAGACAGCAUCUUUUGGGAACCUUGACUCGUACCUGAGCCGGCUCAGUGGAGUGCUCGAGGGAAACCCCCAUAAGCAUCGUGCACUGCUCGCUCAGCUUUGUGAGGUCCUCUCUCAUCUGGACAGUGAGAAGUUAUGAGAACACUCCAGCUGGAGACCCUUCUUUCCUGCAUCAGAGGGUCACAUGACAGCCUCAGUGGUGCUGGGUCAAGUCAGUGCCAUUCAACAAAGCAUGUUGAUAUCUCAAGGACAGUAAAGGCAAGGGUGCAAAUAUUUCAGAAUUCCACACACAGUCCCUGUCUACAUGCCUCUUCCUUAUGAAUGUGCAUUCCAUAGAAUAUGUGUAUUCAAGCACAUGGUUUGCAGUGCAAUUUUACAUUUUGAACAUUGAAUUCGGUUUGACUCUAACCCUAUUGUAUAGCUUUGUAUGAGCAGUUACCUAUGGGCCAAUGUCCUGUCCAAUAACAUAAGCCUAAUUAUCAGUUUACAAUAAAUGCCAUUUGGCAUGUGGGUGGGUGGGUAUUGUGUACAGUGUGAUAUUUAGAAUGCACGAAAAAGAAAAACCGGAAGGUGUGAAAAUUAAAUUUUGGGCCACAUGCGUCUGAAUUUACAUCAAUAAUGGCAAGUUAUGUAAUGGACAAGCAGUUUCACAUGUUGUCAGAAUAUUAUAUAUUUGUCUAGUAUAUUUCGUAUUUUUCAAAUUCUCAUUAAACUAUAUGUUUCCAACAAAG